UCUUCCCUCUCUAAAACCAAUAAACAUAUCCUCAGGUAAGGAUAAAAGAAAAUGGACCAUCUGCCACAUAUAUGUUAAUAAAAGUUUUUAAAAAUGCAAUUCAAAUAUUAAAAAUUUCUUAUUGGUGCUAAAUGGUCAAUUUUGUAAAAUGUUGAUAUUUUUACAUAAAGGUUAGCCCUUCUUAUGGUCAAAAUACCUUAGGAUGAUAGUAUUGGGAGUACCAUUUUAGUAAUAAAGAUUAUAGUGCAGAUAAGUUCCCUACAAGGCCCCAUGAUGGUAAUGCCCCUAGAUUUUGUCUUUAAAAAAAACUGCUGAGAGGCAAUAAUUUUUUUUGUAUGUGUCCCAUUUUCAUUAAUGCAUGGUAAUUGAUGGAGUUGCAGUGACUUGUAGCAGUAAUGAGUUCUAAACAUAAUAAUGCACUCUUUUCUAAUAAGUGAGCACUGCUGGGGUUUAAAAGCAUACUAAAUCAGUUGCUUUAGUAUGAAUUUAUUAGUUUUUUUCAGCAUUAGCUUUAAUAGUAGUUAUUUACAUAAGCAUACAUCCCAUUAACCGCCAUCAGGGCUGGAAAACAUGCUGAACUGUUCAUAUUUUCAUAUAAUUAUUGAACAUAAUGGUUUCAUUUGCAUUUCUAAACAGUGAUGUUUCUGUCAGCCUUGGAAAUAGUGUCUUUACGCAGUCCCUAUUUCACAUCCACUUAUUUGACAUCGUUAAAUUUUAUGCUAAUGUGCUUCCCUGGAAUAUCAUCAGUAGGACAGAUGCUUGCGCUUUAAUAUACAAAUCAGGGAUGCUUUUCCAUCCCCCAAAUGGCAAAGAAAAAUUUUAAAAAUCUGCACUUUUAGAUAUAGAGUCUGUCUCCAUAUAAAUAGGUUUAUGAAAUAAAAUUCUCAGGGUUAAAUGUUAUAAUCUGGUUUUCCCUUCAAAGUACUUCAUUAUGAAUAGCUAUCUACCUGACUAGGGUUAGUUUUCUUGUAUUGAGUGAGGAGAUGAGCUUAGUAAAGAUCUGGUUGCUUAUGAAUAUUUAGAAUUCUGCUUCUGAAAUGUUGAUCUUGAGAUGCAAGUUUUUCAGGGCCUUUGAAUACAUCAGGCCACAGUGUUAGUUCUAAAAGUAUUCUCUGUAUUUUUGUUCCUUUCAUUUCUUAACCUGGAUUAUAAUACCUCACUGUAGGAGAUGUUAUGUUAAUGCUCUUGGGCAUCUAAACUCUUGUAUACACUUAGAAAAUAUUCAGUGUAAAAAAUGAGUCAGCCGGGGGGAGGGGUGUAAGAUGGGAGGCCAAGAGCAUGUCAGUGAGGUAGCAGAGCUAAUAUGGAAGGACAAGUUUUAGGGGAAACUGCUUGCCUCUUGGAUAGUAUGUGUACUAUCAGCUUUUGUGUGUCUCAUGUGUGGAUGCUUUUGUGAAUGCUAUCAAUCAGAUUGCUGGAAAUUUUUAAACAGCACAACAUAAAGAAUUGUUUUGAGAGUUGAUUCCAGUAUUUUUGGUGCCCACUACAAAGACACUAGUCCUUCUGGGGCCCCUUCUUUUCUUGUGUUCUGACAGUUCAGGGCAGCACUUUGGACCUGCCAAGCCAGAGCUGAGUCUGCAAAGUUCAAAACACAAGGUUGGCAGCCUGGCAGGAUAGGUAAAGAAGUAGCUUUAAGAGGAGUUCCUGCCCCAAAAUACUUGCUAAAAAUAUAUGAGAACUGAUAUAGCAUAAAACUGAUACAGCAUAUAAGGAUUAUUUGGAUAGAAAUGUUAUUUGGUUUAUGAGGUCAGGAAGCAACUGAAAUUUUUGCAAGGACUUCUGUUCAGGGUAUUGCCAGGGAAGAAAUAUAAGGGUUGUAAAGAAACUAUGACAGAGUUGGAGUUUCAUAGCUAUUCAUUUUUACCCCUACUUUUUCAUGAAUUUUCUAUGUGAGCUCUUGAAAUAGUAUGAGAUUAGGAUUUCUCACAGUGGUGGGAUCUUCUGAACUAUCCUACUGAAAACAUUGAUUGUGUCCUGCUGUCUAGCGAAAACGUAGCCUUCAUUGUUGCCUGAUAGCCCAUCGUAUAUAAAAAUUUCUUUUAAUGUUCUGAAAAUCUAGCCUCAUUUACAAGCAAGGCAAUAUUUUCAGCUAUCUAUAAAACUAUUUGUGAUUACAUUCUUCAUUGACAACAUUUUUUUUUUUUUUGGUGGGGUGCAGUUUGCCACCAAAAAAACCACCAUUUAUCUUUUUCCUCCCUAUACACAUUUCUUCCUUUUCUGGAAAGAGGUUUAAUGUCGAAAUGAAAACCCAUCUGCCUAUUUAGUUUUUAACGCGCCAUGAUAUUUAAUCUGACAGCUUGCCCCUGCGUGUCUCUGCUGCUCUAGAACUUGACGACCUUCAAGGCAGCAAAGGCAGUGUGUUUUAAGUGCUAAGUGACUGGUUUCCAAGCCCUGACUUCAGAGGAUAAAAGACAGCUGUUGUAGGACAGUUUCCUUGUAGGUUUCUUGUCCAUUUAAAAAUUCUAGAGAAAGUCGGGUAUUAUCCAUAAGGUGCCAGCCAUUGGGAGGAUAUUACUUGUUUGGACAUUACUAGUUUGGUUAUACUUAUUUUCUCUUUUAUGGCUGGGGAAACAGUGACCACCUCCCUUUUAGAGAUGAUGCAAGGGCUUCGAAAUAAACCUGAAGCAUUGUGAGAGCGCCACCUGUUCUGCAAAGCUGCAGGCACUCAGGCAGCCACUGUGCUGUACCUGUUUAAGGAACUUUUCAUGUAUUGGUCCCCUGAAGAGGCAGGGACUCAAGCAAGGCUCAGCUGCAGUAUAGAGAAUGCCAAGAUCUUCUAAGCCUCUAUCAAAAAUAUCUGUCAGAACAGCAAGAGAAGCUCACCGUGUCUCUCUCAGUGCUUGAUGCUGCCAGAAUGCAGGAACAACAGGUACUCAAUAGGAAGAGCACUCUCCCGUCUUCAUCUGUGGAACUGGAUGGUUCCUACUUGAGUGUAGCCAAACCACAAACCUACUAUCAAACCAAGCAAAGGCCUAAAAACCUGGACUCCGCUUCGGAACCCCUUGUGGAGUUCAGAAAUAAUUCUUUGAGACCAUCAGCCCUUCAUUAUCCCAAAGAGGAUCCUGACAUGAUGCCAUCAGAAACCAGAACACGUGAUUAUGGAUCCCCAGGGAAAAAACUAACAGAUGUAGUCCCUACAGAGAAAGUUCCUUCAGAGGCAUUGAAGAUGAAGGAAUGCCAGCACCUUCAGCCCACUCUGUCUAGACAGUGUUGUGCUGAUAGACUUCCUGAAAAUGCAGAUCAUGUUCCCAUUAGCCAUCCUACAGACAUGGCCCCUCAAUAUUCCAAGACACACCCGGAAUCAUGCCAUUAUUGUGGGCGUUCCUGGGCAUCUCUGAUGCAUGGCCAAGAGGUACUGCAGCCCAGUGAAAUUGAUUUCAAAAAGCAGCUAUCAGAAGAUAGAAGGCAGCAACUUAUGCUUCAAAAAAUGGAGCUGGAAAUUGAAAAGGAGCGCCUUCAGCAUCUGCUGGCCAAGCAGGAGACAAAGCUUCUCCUAAAGCAGCAGCAGCUUCAGCAGUCUCGCCUGGACUACAAUUGGUUAAGAACUCAAGCUGUGUUUAAUUCAAAAGAACUGAUUGCUGAUAACAAGCUUACUAAGCCUCGAGAACUCAACCUGGAUAUGAAUGGGAGUGACUCUGGACCAAGUUUGUUGAAGUCAGCAUGUGAUGGUUGGCUGCUUGGAACAUCAUCAUCCAUCAAAAAGCACCCAGAGUCCAGUAACAGUGGAGAGACUAGAAGAGAAAAGAAAACAGUUGGAUUUCAGUCACCUAUGGAAGAUGAUGCCCUGUGGACAUGUCAAAAGACAGAUACAUAUCGACCCCAAAGAGGGACAAUGACAGGAGUUAGGAAAGAUGCGUCCACAUCUCCUAUAACAAUUGAAAGCCAAAAGGACCUUUUAAGCACAUCGUCAUUCCAACACGAAUCCUCCCGGUAUGAGACAUCUCUGUUGGAUUUAGUUCAAUCUUUGAGCCCAAAGUCUGCUGCUAAACCUCAGCCCCAUCCCUGCAGAGAAGCCGGGGCCUGGAAUCACAGCACUUGCCGACUCAGUUCUCUAAAAUCAACCCGGAAGAAGAUGGGGGCAGGCAGGACCCCCGAUGACCUACAGGAGAAUCAAAUUCUAGAAGACAUCUUUUUCAUUUGACACUGAAGCAGUUGAUACAAAAUUUCCAUAAGCACUUUGUAGGUUUCUUAAUAUACCGAUCUAGGACUUUUAAGUUUUAAUUGCAAGUAAUUGUGUCUCUCCUUUCGCAGGGCCCUUUCUCACCAGCAUUCUGUUAUGUAUUGAUUAUAGAAAUCAUCCUAACAACCCCAGUGUGUUUUGACCAGACCCAUCAGUAGCUAACACAUUAGGGGGGUGGGAUGGCAGGCAGUAUCUUUUCUAUGCCAAGCAGAGAUGAGAAAAUUCAACAUGGUGGAGGCCAUUGCAUAUGCAGCCUUGCUUCAAAAGUCUUUCCUUCUCAAUAUUUGCUGGAAAAGGUUGGCUCACUUUUGUACACAAGGAAAACCUAUCUACUGAAAUAUUCCUCCAAUUUAAAAGUAGCCCCUUGUAACAUAAGCAAUUUCAGGCGGACAGACCCUUUUACCUCUUACCCUGUUCUCUCCGCACCUACAUCUAAGUGUAGUCAUUUAAUUCUGAAGCUGGAGUUGGUGCACCUGUUAUCACAAGCAACACUGAAGGCCAAGUGUGAGUCAGUCAUUGGUCAUCAGCCUGGCAGCUGUGCAUCCCAUGACCAAAAGGGCUCAGUGGGCUCGAGGGAGGGACCCACAGGACCCACCCAACCCCUGGAAACCGGCAUGAACUCACACAAGAGUGGCCGCACCAUUGGAGGCAGAAGCCUGAAAUACUUUUCCUACCAUGCACCAAUUUCCCUGGAUGAAUAAGAGUAAUCUCUCCGUAUUUUGUUGAUCCAAGUGUCCCAUGGUUGUGUCUGGAGAAGAUACCACUGGAGGGACAGUAGCCUCAGUUCCUGCAGGCUGAUAGGCUUUCUCCAGCCCUCCUCUUUCAUGAGGAUCCAAGACCCUGGCUGCCCAGGGCUAAUGUCCCAUGCCUCCAAAGAGCCACCUCUACUCACCCGGUUAUGCUCUGCCACCCCCAGCAGAGCCUCCCCAUUUCCCACUGGACUUCCCCUUGACCCAGAGAAAGACUCCUGUCCAGCAGAGCUCUGAGCUCCAUCCUUCAGCUUACUAUAGCUCAGCGGCCUCUCAGGCUGCUGGCUGGGUGAUGACCGCACAGAGCCAGUGAGUCGAACCCUUUCCAGGCACUGGAGCAAGGGGAAGAUGUGUCCCCCGGUGUGUAUUACUGCAUGACUGUUUGACAUGGACGGUGCUGCUUUUCUCUCCCUCUCACCAGCCCCAGGCUUGAACUAGGAGCAAGACUCUGUCAUUCGGAAUUGGUAGGCAGGUCAGACCCCCUCACCCCCCGGGGCAGCUGCACUGAGUGAGCCUGCAUGGCUUCCCUGAAUUCUCCAUCAAAAUAGAUGAUUUCCGCCUACAAAGCCAUGAGCAGCCUCCCUGCCUGGACAGAUCUAAAUCGCACUGUCUCUCAGGCUGAGCCCGUCACCUCCCCCACCUUCCUUCACUCCGGUCUCUUGUGCUUCGGAGCCUCCCAACACCAUAUUCUUGAUCCACAGUAAAUACAAGGUCAGGACUGAGUUGGAGACAUUCACUUGAAACGUUUAAAAAUCCUUGCCGACUACAAUGUCCUUUUCAAGUUCACCCCCAUGAAAGUCGCCGACUCAAUGUCAUCCUAUUUCAGAAAGCGUGUGGAAAAUGGGUGGCCAUUUUCUCAGUUAGGUUUGCAGACCAUAUAUUCUCGCUCCAUGUGUUAUGACCACCUAAGUGCACCCAACUCCCAGGGGUCAUCCAGACCACACUCCUCCCUUCCGGCCACCAGUGGCCUCCACCCUCCAGGGUCAGUGGAUGCCAGAAGGACCGAAAAGAGAACUGUGGCUUCUUUAAGAAGCUUGUUUGCCUUUAGAAGAGUCAUAAGUGAGAUCUAAACUGAAGGCUUUGGGGGUCACAUGCCACAGAAUGGAAUUUGUUUCUUUACCUCCCCUUAAUGAGCAACUUGGAAGAGCAAAGAUUGAUUUCCAGCAGAGUAUCAAUCAACAUUUUUCAUAUGCCACCUUCCCCACCAUGUGUAUCCAUCCUGUGGGCACUUCCUGGGUGUCAGUGAGAUGUGAAUUUGUACCUAAUCUAAUGUUUUCAUUAUGAAUUGAAUCCUGGCACAUAGGAAUCUGCCUUUUCCUUUCUGUGAAGUGACUGUUCGGGAUUUGCUUGCCCAGCCUCUAGCCAAUCCCCCAAAACAAGACUGGACACAUGCCCUAGUCAGUUUGGCUCAGUGGAUAGAGCGUCAGCCUGCAGACUGAAGGGUCCCGGGUUCAAUUCCAGUCAAGGGCACAUGCCCAGGUUGCGGGCUCAGUCUCCCAUAAGGCAUUGAUGUUUCUAUCUCUCUCUCCCUUCCUCUCUGAAAUGAAUAAAAAUAUUUAAAAAUAAAAAGGGGGGCAGACUGGACAUAUAUUGGAGGUGCUGUGGGUAGUGCUGCGACAUUACCCCCCGGUACCCACCAUUCUGCGAGAGAAAAGCCAAUGUUUGCAAAAUGGAAAAGGGCAAAGUAUGUCCAUUGGAGCUCCAGAAGUAGAGCCGAGUGCUUGAUUUAGAAAGCCCAGGCCAAUCAAGGAGAUGCUUUUGCCAACAGUCACCCUCCCAGGGGCACACUUGUGUUUCCAAGCCCAGAUGUCAUGGGGAGGGAGGGACAGGCUAAAGGAGCAGAGCUGGAUGAAUCCCACAAUCACUAGGGUGCUGGGGGCUCUGCACACUCCCUCCAGCGCACACCUUCUCCCCAGCUAGGUGUGCAUUAUUUUUAAUGUGGGCAACUGUUUAUAUACAUGUGAGAUUUUAAGUUAAUAAAUUACCUCCAUGGCCA